AUAAGGUUUAUAUGAUUUUUUAAACCUUUUUCGUUGGGCACGAGACUUUUUGUGGUUAACAAUAAAAAUAUCGGGCUAUAAAUAUGUUCAUUUGAACGGAAAGAAGCAUUAGAUAUCUGUAGGUGUCAUCAGUUUGAGCAAACAUGUAUAUUCUAAGUACUUUCCUCAUUCUUGGAGCCGUUUUAGUGGCGGAAUGCAAGGAUUUGAAAAAGUCUGCAGAAGCUCGGAUAAUAAAUGGUGAAGAAGUGGAUGUUAAGAACUAUCCAUACAUGGUGAAACUUUUUCAAGGAAGAACAUUCAAUUGCGGCGGCACUUUGAUAACACAACGAACCGUUUUAACUGCUGGACACUGUCUGUAUGAUUCUAGAACCUCACUGCCACUGGAAGACCUGGAAGUACAUCUAGAGGCAACUAGAGAGGUGAUACAACCAUCCAAACUUAUCCCUCAUGAAUUAUACAAGCUCCAAACAUAUACUACUCCUUACGAUAUAGCCGUGAUUCACUUAGAAAGUCCUUCGGAACUGAAUACGUUUCCUGCAUUGAACCAACAACAAAUCUACCAGGCGCCGGGCACAGCCGUAUUGCUCCUUGGUUAUGGGAGAACUGAGUCUGGAUAUCCAUCCAGUAAUUUGAGAGGCACUAAAUCUUUUAUACGUUCCCUUACUGAGCAACAUCAAAUCGUCAUUUCUAAUGGUAAAAGCGGCACUUGCUUCGGUGAUUCUGGAAGUCCGGCAAUAAUAUUUGAUGGAAAAAUGCCAAUAGUGGUUGGAGUCUUAAGCGGGGGGAAGCAAAAUGUCAAUGACGUAACAUGUGAUGCUGUUAAUGGCCAAGAUAGUGGAAAAAUAUUAUAAUUAUGCUGGUGCCUACGUAAAGAAGUAUCUGUCAUGAACUUGAACAUUUGGACACGCAUUGAAUAUCAGCAACCAUGUAUCUCCUAAGUGUACUUAUCGUUGUUGGAGUCAUUUUAAAGGCAGAGUGUAAGGUCGUACAACCACGGAUAGUGAAUGGUCAGGUUGCAGAUGUCAGACAGUAUCCAUAUAUGGCGAUACUUCGUCACAGAGGCCAAUUUGCCUGCGGUGGUGCACUGAUUUCACCUCGAACUGCCAUUACUGCAGCACACUGUCUUUAUAAUCCGAGAACUUUCAAGCUAUAUCAAGGCCUACAGGUGUUUCUGGAAGCGACAGGAGAGACUAUACCAGCAUCGAGACUUAUUCCUUAUCCAUUGUACCGUCACCAAAGAGGCUUGACAAAGUACGAUAUAGGUGUGAUUCAAUUGCAACGACCUUCUAAGCUGAAGAGACUUCCUGUGCUGAACCGAGAAAAACGUUUAGAGGCUCCAAAAACGCCCGCGGUACUGAUUGGCUAUGGAAAAACUGAAGUAGGAAGUUUAUCCAGGAGACUGAGAGUCACUAGAACUCAAGUCCUGAGACCAGGUAGUGUGUCUUUCACAUUCGAAGUUUACAACGGUAAAAGCGGCUCCUGCAAUGGUGAUUCUGGAAGUCCGGCCAUCGAAUUCAGUGGUCAAACGCCCAUUGUGGUUGGUGUCACAAGUGGAGUACCAACGGUUAAAGGACGUACCUGCGACGUUAUCCACGAUGCACAGUCCUACACCAGCGUCAGUGAUUUCCAUUCCUGGAUCACUAAAUGGAUUAUAUGAAGUGAUGGAGAAUGUAUGCAACAGAGCAAUUUGGCUUUCAUGUUCCUUACACUUUCUGAAAUAAACAAAUAAUCUGACAGGCUGA